AUGGGAGACCAGAAAAAUCUGUCACAGUCGGUCAAUGACCCGACUUCAUCUGUGGGAGCUGGUCUCGAAGUGGGUGAAACCACAAAGGGCCCGCCGACGACUAACAAUGCGCCACAGAAGAAUUCCAGGAAACGCACCAAAACAGGAUGCUUAACAUGCCGACAACGGCGCAUCAAAUGUGGCGAAGAGAAACCCAUUUGCGCCAAUUGCAUCAAAUCAAAACGGGAUUGCAAGGGCUAUGGCCAGCGGGUGGUCUUCAAGAAUCCAAUUGGUCUCCAUGGGGUAUACAAUUCCCAGCAGCUGUUGAAUGCACAGAUACAGCCCAUGCCAACGGUAGUCCCGUUUGUCACUGGAUAUGAGAAUCGCCCUCUUCCGCCUCAAGUUCCCCAACAGAGACCGGCAGGCAGUCGUCAUCCGAUCCUGGCACCAAAACCAUCUGGAUUCCUGGCUGUUGGGCAAUCUUCACUAUCAGCAACAGGUGCCACUUCACAACUAGAGCCACAAGCAGUUAACCCAGCUUCAUACUACUACCAGCCGUUUCAAGCACCUGUGCCUUUUCCUUCUGCAUUUGAACAAGAUUUGGGGAAUAGGCCACUGGUAUCAGCGGCUGAAGGUUCUUCUGGGCAGCAAGAUAAUGGGUCUCAGCUAACUUUUGACCCAAACAAUACGCAUCGUGAUUUGGGAGCUGCUCCCAGUCUGCCUACUCAAAACCGCCCCAAUGCUUGGGAAGCUCCAUCAGUAGCUGUAGAUAUUACCCAAGAUGCGUCGCUUCCUCCCUUCCCCGUCCCUGGGCCCCAGACUUCUAAUUCCUGGAACCAAAAUGCAAAUUCGCUUCAUUACGGACCUAAUCAAGAGCAACAGCAAUUCCAUAUCAAUGCGCCAUUUUUAUCACCAAAUUCAUCUCUCCAAUACAUGUAUGAUGAAGAAAGUGAUGACUAUUACGAUGUUGAGUCCGACGAGGAAAUGGCGGGCCAGACACAGGCCCAGGAUGCCAACCAGCUUAGCCUCAUCAUGGCCUCUGCAUAUCAAGAUGACCAGCGCCUCCGCUCAUUUACCACCCAUUUGAAUGAACCCAAUAUCCUUGCUUCCUAUCGUCCCACCCUGGGCUCGUCCCCGCUAAACAAUCCUAAAACGGCUCGCAUUUUUAUCCACUUCAUCCACUCGACGGGGCCAUCUUUAUCCAUUUUUGAGCGACACCCCUAUGAUUCAUCACUUGUGUUUGGCGGCCCGGUGCCGGAAGCACAACAGGGCCUAUGGACCUAUACAUUGCCUCUCAAGGCGUUAGAGCACCCGGCGCUGCUCCAAGCCAUAUUAGCAAUAAGCAGCUUGCAUAUUUCCUUUUUGCAAGAAGCUCCUCCGACUGUGUCAUUGAAACAUUAUCACUACGCAUUAAAAAGGAUUGGCACUGCAGUGGGCCUGCCUAAUCGACGUAAACAGAUAGGCACCCUUGCCGCUACGUUACUUUUGGGGUACUACGAGGUUAUGGCUGCAGAGCACUCCAAAUGGAACAGUCACGUUGCAGGGUCAGCUCAAUUGGUUCGCGAAGUUGACUUUGCUGGAAUUGCCCGAGACCUUCGAGCCCAUAGACGCAGAGUAUUGGCUCAACAGGAUUACAUGGCUCGUUCCGGUUCGUUGUUCGCAGAUUACCACAGCUGGAACAAAGUUUCUGAAGGCGACCCAUUUGCUGCGAAAGAAUUAACCAUCGAUGAGAAUCUAAUCGGAUCGAUAACCGGCCGAGCAAUCAAUUAUGAUGAAUUCGGCAAGGUUGACGAUGGACAACCCCAGCACUCUUACAAGCACUUUUCCAAAAAGGAUAUUGAAAAUUUCCGGAUCCAAUCUGAUCUCUACUGGUGGUAUUGCAAGCAAGAUAUCAUCCAAGGCAUGAUCAGUGGUAAUCGACUCUUUAUGCCGUACUUCCAAUGGGGACAAUGCCCUCCACGAGCUGGCGUGGGCAGGUUAGAUGCCGUUUAUGGUUCUACCGACCACAUAUGGCUCUUACUGGGUCGUAUCGCAGAUUUCGGCUAUCGCGAUCGAAAAAGAAAAUUGAAGGCGGCGAGAAAUACCGGGUCGGAAUGGAAACCGACACCUGCACUGUUCAAAUUCAUGGGCCGAUUUGCUGGUGGCGGCAGGGGACCACCUCCAGGUCCCCCACCUGGUGCACCCAAACCGCCCGGCAUGCCUCAGUCACAGGGAAAUGCCCCAAGGCCCGGAGGAGGUCCACCUAUGUACGGAAUGGUUCCUUCUCGUGGACCAGUUCGCCUACCUUCUUCCUUUGCCAAUGCUGGACCCAGGGCGACUGUAGUUGAGGACGAGGACGAAGAAGGAGAGGAUAUGACCUACAGCGAAGCGGAGAGUGAAUGGGAAAGCAUUCUAGCAGCAUGCGACACAUUCGCUCAAGCUCUCGGUCCUGAUUUCCAACCUCUAUCCUCUGAUAUCACUCCCCCGAUAUCGACUCCUUUCGGACCGGCACUGCAGUACCGCACCAAUACAGUGGCCGUGCUGUGGGGUUUCUACUUUGCCGGACGUAUCCUGUUAAAUAGACUCCAUCCAUCGAUGCCACCCGCCAUGAUGGUAGCCGCAGGGGUGGCCGCACCAGCAACCGCAGAGUACGCCCAAAUUAUCGGAAAAAUCGCCGCCGGUAUCUACUACCCACAACGGUUCAACGUAGAAGCGGGGAGUCUAAGCCCAACCCUCGGAUCUUCCCUGACUGAGAUGACUGUGUCUAUUUUCUUUGCUGCGGUGCAAUACACAGACCCCGCACAACGCGGCUGGACUAUCGCCAAACUACGAGAUGUCGCCCGCCUGACUGGUUGGAAAACAUCCAAUGCUAUAGCAUCCGGGUGCGAGAAUUCCUGGGUAGUGGCUGCAAAGCAGGGUCGUGGUCCUCCAUACUCUAGGACUAGUGAAAAUGAUCGCGGACGUGGACAUUUGUAUACAGACGUAUCUCAACAAGGAGGUGCCGUGAACCCCGAAAGGCGAUUUGUGGCUGUUAGCAAAUCCGACCGUCUUCAUUGGGCGAUGGGAAUCUUGAGCUUGGAAGAUGAUCUUAAUUCGGAAAUAGACGAUCGGGUAUAG